GUACUUUGAAUGGAACAGCAGCGUUUUUAGAAAAGAGAGACAUGGAAUGUCUGGUAUGGCGGCUGUGAAAAUGACAAUACACCGAGUCUGGUCCACGAGCACCAUGUCUCAUCACCUCUAUAAAUUCAUUUAUCGUUUUUUCUCGAGCAGAUUUAGAUUCCCUGUAAGCCGCAGUUGACAGGUUUGCGACUGACCGCGGAAAAAAAGCACCGCGAACAGUUAAAAAUUCAACGUCAGACGUACGGGAACAUGAUAACAUCACAAGCAGACAUGUGAGAGAAUUUCGUGACGUUUUCGCAGUUUGUUAUAUCAAGCAUACUCAAGUUUGAAGACAGUAGCCACAGUACCCUCCCUCCGUUCUAAGCCGCGAGGCUUAUAAAUGUAGGACAUUUGCAUCUUUCCGACCUCAAGGUCUCUUUCACAUAUGAUCAUAUAUAUUCAAGGACAAGAAAAAAAAGGCGCUAACAGUAAUACUUAACCCCUAAAUCAUGGUUCUGAAUGUUGUUUGAUUCCAUUCAAAUUCGGGAUUCCCCUUUAAAUCCACAUUGAUUUUCGCCCGUAACAGGCCUUUUUGUAAUAAAGAAAUGAGAAAAUAACCCCCUAGGAAGCGCAAGGCAGUGAAAACAUAUGCCUUGGUAAUUGUCAUAAUUGGAAACUUCGGAGUAAAUGUCAAUCAAAUUUUCCCGCAGAAAGGUACCCCCCGCCAGGGGGUAUGACCCCUUUUCAAUACCCACAACCCCCUGCGCGAACACCCCCUCCAAAACGAGGCUGUGCUGGGAAGGUGCUAUCAUUUUCUGUCUUUUUACUGAAAAUUCCGGAAAAACAAAAAGAUGGGGCGCAGUGACUACUGCUGUGUCCUGGGGUGUAGGAAUAAGCGUGCCCAGGCGACGGCCGUAACGCUGUACCGCUUCCCCGACAACCCCCCCUCGCGAAAGAAGCUAUGGAUGGAAAACGUCGCGGUCGCCCGUGGACAGCCCGACUGGACCCCGAAGAACUCGACGAGAAUUUGCGCCGCACACUUCGUCGGGGGGAGAAAGAGCAACAAGCCGGACGAUCCUAACUACGUCCCGACUCUUUUCGGUGUCAAUGUUGCCACUCCUAUAGGAUCGGCUCGGAAAAACAAAGCAGGCGUUUGUCUUUCCGGUAUAAGUGCCAAGAGAGGUCGCGGUCGCCCGAAGAAAAUCAGGAGUGAAGAUCCUGAAUGGACUCCACAAGGGAAACAGGAAACAUAUGAGCAGCCACUUCCUCACUGGGAGGAUGAAACAGGUCUAGGUACUGAUAAGUGGGCAAUGGUAAAGAAAGAGGAACCCUUCUUUGCUGAGUCCCUGCCAACUAUGGUGCCUUUGAGUCGACCUGGAUGCAGCAGUUCUUUCAGUGACAGUGCCUCUCCACGAUACGAACCAUCCAUGCAUUCCCCUGUUGGCUUGGUCACAGACUUUUCAAGUUUUCCGCAAGAUGCUGUUGAAGACAACGGCUCUCUGCUUGACAUUACGGCAUCAAAUGGUCUCGAUGCAGCAACCAGCCCGGCAGCUUUUGGGGAUGAUUUUUCAUUGGUCAGUUGUAGUAGAGACUCCAGUCAUCUUAAGAUCUCCAAUGUAGAGAGCUUAAGGACCGAUGAAGAAAUGGUGGACUAUGGUGGCACCAGCCACACACAAUCUGAGCUCAACUCACACCGGGCAGCCAGAAUACAUGGUGGCAAGAGUGGACAAGAAGAUCCGUAUGAACAUGAUGGUCAACAGACUGCAAACAUAAUGCUUGACGAGCAUACUGCUACCGUGGCCAACCACAGUGACCACAAGAUGGUGGAGAAAGGCAGUGGGGAAGGAGUUACAGGCUUGAUGCUUGUGAACAAAGGCAGCAGGAAUGACCCUGUGUUUGUGGUGAUGCCCACUGCUGCAGAACAAUCAGAACUAAGCCCGCAGCAAACAAGAAUGUCCUCCCGGAAAAGGAAAGUGCCGCAGAAGUACGACCCAUCAGAAUUUGAUACGGAGGAAGUGUGGCAGGAGGUAGGAGACACUGUGAUGUCCCCGGGUGUGCAGGAGGAGGAGGAUGGCGUUGGAGAGGCAAACAAGCGGCUGAGACGGCUGGUGAGCGAGCAGCGGGAUGUGCACCUGUCUGAGCUCCUGCAGCUUCACGAGGAGAACAAAUACUUACAGGAGGAGGUCAUGCAGGUCAAACAGAUGCAGGAUUUCCGAGAAGAGAACAAGCGUCUUAAGAAGCUGGUUGGUCAGCAGCGAGACGUGCACCUGCUGGAGCUGCAGCAGCUGAAGGAGGAGCUUCAGCAGAUCAAACAGGCUUGGCAAGCAGAAGUACGAGAGAAGAACGAGAUCAUCAAAAAGCUGAAAACUGCUGCCUUCUGUCUCGACCUCAUCAAGGAUGAUGACAGCCUCUUUAACUUCUACACCGGAUUCCAGAACUACAACAUCUUCAAGGCCCUUGCUGACCACCUGCGCCCUCAUUCCAGCAGUAUCUACCGGCAGGCAGACAACAAGCACUCUCCACCCAGGCCCUGUCGUAGCAGAAGCCUGUCGUUUGAUGAAGAACUCUUCAUGGUGUGUGUCCGUCUGAAGGCAGGUCUUCUCACACAAGACAUUUCUCACAGGUUUAACAUCAGUGCAGGGACUUGCUCGAGAAUCUUCAGACACUGGCUCCCCUUCCUCAAGGAGCAAUUGCAGGGCCUGUAUGGUACGGAGACGCCGUCUCUGCACAGCGUGCAAGCCAUGAAGACCAAGGUGUACCACAUAUUUGAUGGUGGGCUUCCUCAGAUGCUGGACGACAUGGAAGAGACGUUACAUGUUGUCUGUGCAUUUUUGUCCUCUUUUGAUACGUCCCUUGUUCAUCAUCAUAACGUGGCUGAUAACACUGCUGCCAGUGAUGACUCUCCUACCCUAAGUGCAUUACUUGUGACAUGACUUUCUUUCAGCUUUUAAUUCAGUUCAUUUUGAAUUUGAACUUUGCAAUAUUCUAUCAUCAUGAUAAUGUGCACUGUAAAGUUGGUAUGGUAUAUGUUAGGACAGAUGCAUUAUUACAUACGUGUACAUGUUGUGUUAAUCUGAUAUUUAUUUAAUUCAUUGUUUGAAACUUGAAAUAUUUGUUUCAAUUAUUAUAAAUAACUAUAAAACAGUUGUGCAAAGUUGGUGGCAGAAAUACUCUUGAUUUGAAUCAGACAAAUGGUUUGAUAUAGGUGUAUGAAUAGAAGAAAUUGCAAAUCAUUUACGGGAUGCUAAGUUUUCGGAGGUAGAGCAUAACUGUACAAGCUCUCAUGUAAAACACAUCUUCCCUUGCCAAGACUUCUACUUUUAUCUGUCAAUCAAUGGCAGUGUUAUACCAGCAUGGUAUCUCUGUCAUUUUUGCUGUGCUAGCACUUGUCAUCCAUAAGUAGCCAUUGUGUGUCACUGCCUAGUCAAGAGGCAAUGUUAUUGGCUGGUAACUUCUCCUCCAACAAUAGGAGGGGGGGUAUCUGAUUGGUGAUGGCUGAUUAGUGACAGCCAGUACACCAGGGCUGUGCUUGACAUAAAAAUAGGGGCCUGGAUGUAAAAACUCUGUAACCUCUGGUUGAAUGGUACCCAAAGGGUACUUCUGCAUUUUUUUUAAAAUAUGGCCCUUAAGCAUUUGGUCUGUACUCAAACAAUUAAUGUAUGUGUGUAUCUGAAGCAAGCCUUUUUACCUGUGGUACAUUAGACAGUGGUUGUCAUUGACAACAGAAAAGUCACUGGUCAACUCCACAAAUAAAUCUGGAAAAAUCAAGUACAUAACAUAUUUUGUAGUGGUCCUCCAAAUGGAAAUGGAUUCCUAAGACAUAUCUUGUUGCAGUACAACUAUAGAAGUGUUAAACUGAUACAAAACUGUUCUAAAUCUAAAAAUGCUUCUGUGAAAAUUAUGCUCUACAUUGUACAUCACUCUAAAUUAUGUGCUUUUAUUAAAAGAUCUGUCAUUAAUAACUAUUUUUUUUGCCAACAUGGGCCCAAUUAUGAAUACAAAAGCACAUUCCUUAUCCAAGUUAAUGAUGAGAACGAAUCUUGACUAUUGUGUAGUAUAUAUAUGUAUAUGCUUGUUUAGAUUGAUUAUGUUCUGUAUAUUAAGUAUAAUAUGUAGAGUAUAGAGGGCAUGUAAGCCAUCACAAGUGUUGGUACAUGUAAUACAGUAGGUAGAGUUGCACUCAUUGCAAGUCUUUCACUUUACACAAGUUAUUGCAAUAUGUAUAUUUAAACUUGCUAGACUUCAAAACUCACCAGAUGAAUUGACCAGGUGUCAACUAUGAAAAUGCUAUGUUCUGGUAUGAGUAAAAGUUAAAGUUAGACGUUAUGAUUAUGUACAUCAUUGUGUUAAUGUUCAAUAUAAUAAGGUCCCUUCGACACAGACGUGUUUGAUAACAUUUGUCAGCUUGUGCAAUUCCAUUUAUUAAGAAAAUGUGCCUCUAAAAUAAAAAGAUGUCAAAGAAACAG